UCGGCUUAGAAAAGAAGGUUUAAUGAAAGAGAAAGACAAGAAGAAGCGCACGGCAAUAUUACGACUGUUUUUAUUUUUAUCCCUUUCUGAAUGACGGGCGGACGGUUCGACUUCGACGAUGGAGGCACUUACUGUGGCGGAUGGGAGGACGGGAAAGCCCACGGACACGGCAUCUGCACGGGACCCAAGGGUCAAGGCGAGUACGCCGGGUCCUGGUCCCACGGUUUCGAGAUAGUCGGGGUCUACACCUGGCCCAGCGGGAAUACGUACCAGGGCUACUGGUCGCAGGGCAAACGCCACGGACUGGGUGUUGAGACCAAGGGGAAGUGGGUUUAUCGUGGGGAGUGGAGUCACGGGUUCAAGGGUCGCUAUGGAGUUCGGCAGAGCACCAAUACACCUGCUAGAUACGACGGGACGUGGAGUAAUGGACUACAGGACGGCUAUGGAGUCGAAACCUAUGGGGAUGGUGGCACAUAUCAAGGCCAGUGGAUGGGGGGCAUGAGACAUGGCUACGGUGUGCGUCAAAGCGUGCCUUAUGGAAUGGCUACCAUUAUCCGCUCUCCGCUUCGCACCUCCCUGGCCUCUCUAAGAAGUGUGCAAAGCAAUGGUGCCGUUCUGCAGGACGCAAUACCUGACACACCAGUUGGAAGCCGUGGUGGUUUCGUGCUGAAUUUUCACAGUGACACUGAAGUCGUCACCGGGAAGAAGAAGGGCCUGUUCCGCCGCGGGUCUCUCUUCGGCAGCCUCCGCCAGCUACGUAAAUCCGACUCCAAAACAUCCAUCUCUAGCAAACGUAGCUCGGCACGUAGCGACGCCACCAUGAGCCGCAUCAGCUCCAGCGACGCCAAUUCCACCAUCAGCUAUGGAGACGGCGAGGUGCCCGAUGAGUACACCCCCAUGGAGGACCAUGUGGAUGCCACCACCACAGAGUCCUACAUGGGUGAGUGGAAGAAUGACAAACGCAAUGGGUUUGGAGUCAGCGAGCGAUCCAACGGGCUGAAGUACGAAGGGGAAUGGAUGAACAACAAGAGGCAUGGAUACGGAUGCACAAUAUUCCCAGAUGGAACCAAAGAGGAGGGGAAGUAUAAAAAUAAUGUGUUGGUUCGUGGGAUAAGGAAGCAGCUUAUUCCUCUUAAAAACAAUAAAACUAAAGAAAAAGUUGACAGGGCCGUGGAGGGGGCUCGGAGGGCGGCAGCUAUCGCCAGGACUAAAGUGGAAAUAGCAGUGUCAAGGACAUCCCACGCAAGGACUAAGAGUGAAGCAGCAGACCAGGCCGCACUUGCAUCAUGUCAGGAAUCAGACUUAGCCAGAGCUGUGGCUCGUGAAUUAUCUCCAAGCUUCCAUCAACCAGGACUUGACUACAUCAAACAACAGUUCAGUGAGCCGGUGGAGGAGAUCAAGGAGGAAGCACCUAAAGAGGAGAAGGAGAAGCCUUCUGGCAGCCCUUUCUAUCGGCGCGGCACGACUCCAAGCCACUCUCCUGUCCAGAGCCCAACCCCAUCACCUCCUCACUCCCCUCAACAGAGCCAAGCACCCAACCCCAGCGCCAGCCGCAAGAUAAGCAAGGACAACAGCAGCGUAGCCCAUAAGAUAAGCAAGGACAGUAGUAGUGUAGCUCGCAAGAUAAGCAAAGAAGAGAGAGCCUCCAUUGUGGCAGAGAUCACCAAAGUAUCCGCUCCUCCUCCUGUACCAGCCAUCAAGCUACAGGAUGUCCCCCCACCAAAGCCCUCCAAGGCCCCUGAACCCCUGCCCAAACCUGCCAGCACAGGUAAUGGCCAGGUUCAUUCUGCUUAUCACAGUUACUACGUGAAGCCGGUGAUGAAGCUGCCUCCACCAGAGGAACCAGAAGAUGAAGAGCCUGAGAUGACGCAGUCUAGCCUGGCCAGGAUGCCUCCACCACCCAAAAUGGUCAGGACGCCCAGUCCCAAACCAGAGCCCAAGAUCAGGAAACAAGAAUCUAUCAAACCAAAGAGCUUAGCUGAAACCAAGAAAGCCAGCAUAGAUAUGGCAGAGGAAACCCUAGCAGAAGAAUCCGGUCCUAACUCAAUUUUGGUUGCCAUGGUGAUGCUUUUGAAUAUUGGAUUGGCAAUCAUUUUUGUCCAUUUCCUUACAUGAAACACUACCAUCUCAGAUCGUUCACCCUUCUUAAUAGAGUUCUUUACAGUUUUGUUUGAAGCCAACAUCCAAAACACCUGCUAUCUAGAGCCUCUGAGACAACUAGCCCCAUCUGCGUUUGUUACGGAUGUACUGUAACUUUUAACCCCGCAUUUCAUUAUUCUUUUAGUGUUGGAUGGCGACCCAGACAGUGUCAAUAAUCUUUCUGAAAUCCAGAUGGCACCAGGCAGUCUCCAGAGGGCAGAGGGAGCUGAAGAAUCAACAUAUGGGAGUUCGAAACCCAGAGCAUCAUCCCUGAGAACGACGUGGUCUAAUAUCAUGUGGCUCUGGCAAAAGAGAUCAAAAUAUUUGGGGGGAAUAAUUACCAUUAAAAUGGAAACCGAAGAAGAGAAUGCAGUGCAAUGUGACUCUUAUCUGCUGAUGGAAAGCCUUAAUAUCAGCCACUCCAUAGGUCUCUGGCAGAGCCUUAACUGGAAAUGUUUGAUGAUGCACUUUUGCGUGAUGGGCAGGAGCAGCUGCCUUACUCAUUUACCAUCUGACGCGUAACUGGGAGAUGUGCUCGCAGUGCCAAAGGAAUGCAUUCAGGGGGCUAUGCUGCAGCGGGCGAGGAAACUGAACGCGCAUACCAGCGUCACUCAUCCGUCUUACACCCUUUACCGACCCACUGCAGUUUCUUCUAGCAUCUACUAUGUUCUUCUCGGAAGCUCUUGAAUCGAUGCUCCCUUCUGUACUCCUCACGUUUCGUUUUUGUUUUCAUGUAACUUUAUGUUUGUAAACACCUCACUGAAAAUCAUGUUUGAAUUUAAUGCAAAGCGAAAUCACUCCCACCUUUUUUUGGGAGUAUUUCUAAACCAGACAAGGGAAAAUAUGAUAUUAUUUAUUAGAAAAAAAAAUGUGCAAUAUGAUUUAUUUUUACACUUGCAUAGUUUAACUGUUCACCAAAUAAGGGCAUUGUAAUUCUGUCCCAGUAUUUAAGAGAUGGAAAUAUAAGAAAAGCUUAGAGUUACAGGUUUCCCGCAAUUUGUUGAACACGUCUAUUUAGAUCAUGGCAAAACCAAUCAAAAAGUCUUAUAAAGUGUUUUUUUUUUUUUUUUUUUUUUUUUUUUUUGAAUUCUGGGAAUUGACUGUUUGUUGUGGUAUGUAAAUUAAGCCUAUGCCAUCGCGCAUGCAAUGUUGUGCAAGAGUUAUUGUGCUCAGAUGUCCAAUCUGACAUGUGACAGCAGGUGAGAUGUUUUUUUUUUUGGGGGGGGGGCAAUGUUAAGGGCAUGCUUGCAUGUUUGUGACCUUGGAUGCUUUGGAUAUCAAAAGUCAGGUAGUGUCACAGUCGGGUGGCGCUAGAGGAAGUAGGACAUUGCCUUGAAGAGUCUUUAAUAGUACUUCAGUUUACCUCAAAAAACACAGAAAAGGAAAUAAAUGCCUCAUCUUUGUCUUAAAUCUGUAGUAGGCAAAUUCUGACUGGCAGAGUCAUUGGGAAUUCAUUUUAAAUGUGCCACUAAAUUGUUAAAUUAGUGUUUUGGAACCUCCUAUUUGUUAUUCUUAUAUUUAUGGGCAGUUUCCCUCUUCAGAAGGUGUAUUUAUUAUAUAUAUACCAUUCUAGAUAUCGUUUCUGGUGUUUGGUGAGUGUACAAGGGCUUGGAAAACUCCGUUUUUCUUCUUCAAACCCUCAUUUGCUUUUAGUUUAUGUUUGCAUGGGGUCUUUAAAUGCAUUGACGCCUGUAUAUUUGAUUCAAAACAACUAAGGUAAAAUAUGUGUAAGGCAUAAAACUUUACUCUUGAAGGAUAUGUUUCAUUUGGUUGGAUUUCAGUUCUGUGCAACAAUGCAGUGCAAUGUGUAUGGGCUCUUUUUAGAACAUAUUAUGUUUUCUGAAGGAGAGUUGUGAGCUCUUAUGCUAACAAGGCAGGACAUGGAGUUAUUUUUCUAAAAACAAAUGUUGCACAAACAAAAAAACAUUUAUAUACUAUAUAAGGUUUAUCCUAUUUAUAAGCAUUUUUACAGAGCACAGCCAUUACAAUAUGAAUCCUAAGAUAUUUUUCUAUAGAAAUGCUCAAUUGUAUUUUGUCUAAAGCAGUAUAGCUCCUUUAUAUCAAGCAUUGCAUCUCACACAUCAGAAUGAAGACUCUAAGCCUUGUAUGAUUCAAUGUGAUUAUAAAUGCUGAGGAUGCAGGAAUUCUUUUUGAACCCAUGAAUGCAAAAAUCAUCUCCGUUUCAUUUCAAGCCCACAUAUUUCACUAAUUUGAAAAGUUAUGGUAUUUAUCUGUAUAAUAAAAAGUUAUGCCUUGUAA